AAUCCAUCAGCAAAGUACUGCAAGAUGUAGAAGAGAACCAGAAAAGACUUUUGCUUUUUGAAUUAAGAAGCCAAAAAGAUGCAGAUGUUUAUAUUCAAGACCUGUCUCAGAUACAGAACACUCUGAAUGCUAUUCUUGCCAAACAGAAAUCAGAAAGAGAUAAACUUGCUAAGAAAUACAGAGCUUCUGUGGAAUCUUUUAAACAAGGAACUCUGAGGGAGCAGCUAGUAAAGCUUGUAUCCAGACAAAAGAGGCUUUUACUUAUGGCUCAAAAACAAAAAGAACUAGGCUCGAAAAUAAAGAACUACAAGAUGUCCAGAAAAGAGCUUUCAAGUUCAGCAAAACAAAUAAGCAAAAAUGUACUUGGUUAUUGUGACAUGAACAACACAAAACAUGAUACUUAUAAAACAGUUCCAUGUCCAGAUCUAGUUAAAACCAGCUUGGUAAUGGUACAGGGUUUCUUAGAUGAAGAGCCAAGCCAGUAUCAAGAAAUAUGUCUGAAUAUCCCAGUAGGAAAUAGAGAAGCAAUUGGCCAAAAAGAGAGUGAUCCACAAAACUUGGUGGGUGAAAGAAUGUUAAAGGAGUAUAACAUACAGGAACUAGUAAAUUCAAAAUGUUCCAGUGCAUUGAACCAGGCAAUCUUGCCUUCAGAACCUAGCACCUCUCAUAUUCAACAAUCACACCUAAUGGAAAUUGACAGUAUACCAGUGGCACCACAAAGAAACAAGCCUCUAAAUGCAACGUCAAGAAUGUGUACACCAAAUGGCUCAGAAACUAGAAGUACUGGAAUAAAUAAUAAUAGCUGUCAACCAGCCACUGAAAGUCAGCAUGUUUGCACUAAUGACUCUUUGCAGCAGCAUUCACAUAUAAAUGAGGCUUUCCAAAUGCAACCAGAAUCCACAUGCUAUCUUACUACUCAGAAAAACCACCUCCCAAAGAACAGGCUUUCAUUUACUGCAAAUUUAGAACCUGCAGGAAUAUUUUCAAAAAGCAAGAUCACCCAAACUGCAUCAGAUUCUGCAAAACAAUUAAACUUCAGAACAAACAGGAAGGAAAAAGGUCAGCUAGGAGAUCUGAUUGAACAGGGAAAACUUAAGCCAGGAAAUGAUGUUCUAGAAUUCAUGCUGCAGGUAAAUUAA